UGUUACGUCAUCAAGAUGCUUCUGUAGCAUGAAAGCUCGGUGCGACCGUGAGAUGUCCACCUCGCUGGGACGGCUCCUCAUGCCCCCCCUUUGACCGGCGGACGCCACCAGGAUGCAGGUGGAGGGCGACGCGUUUAGUUGUCCGGACUGUGGGAAGAGCUUCGGUCAGCGCUCCACCCUGACGCGCCACCAGAGCCUUUGCCGUAAGUCCGGCAUUGCACAUCAGUGCACCGUGUGCCAGAAAACCUACGAGAGCGCCAGCCAGCUGCGCAGGCACGCCCGGAGCCAUGGCGAGGAGGAGCGCUACAUGUGCUGCCAGUGCGGCCUCACCUUCACCAGUAACGUGGCACUGGUCCGCCACCAGAGGACGCACAGCGCAGAGCGACCCUUCAGCUGUCCGCAGUGCAGCAAGGGCUUCAAGUCCAAGGCAGCCCUUCUCCGCCACCAGAGGUCGCACUCCGAGGAGGAGCAGCCGCCGCCAUACCAGUGCGACGUGUGCACCAAGGGCUUCACCCUGAAGAGCAGUCUCAUCAGCCACCUGAGGACACACGCCGGAGAGACCCCCUACACCUGCUCCUCCUGUGAGCGCCGGUUCUGCUCCAAGUCCGACCUGAUCGAGCACGAGCAAAGUCACCAAGAGGAGGAAUCUGAGGAAGGUUCUGACUCCAUGGACGAGGAUGACGAGGAUUUUAUCAAGCUGAAGAUCAUGGACAUCUCUUCUGAUGAACUCGAGGAUCCGUCCAGUUCUGAGAACGAGGACAACAAUGAUGAGGAGAGGGGGGAGGAUCAGCCAGAGGACUCCGACAUGAUGGAGAAUGCGAAGGAGGAGAAGGACAUCAACAGGAUCAUAGUCGAGGAUCCUGAUGACGAGCUCAGUGACGAGUGGGAGAUGAAGACGUCACCGGUGGACCACCGCUCGCCCUCAGAUGAGAAGAGUCCACACUGGUUGGAGCAGCAGAUGGACGCUGGGAAAAUGCAAGGAAAGCUGGCGGUUGAGGAUGGCAGAGUGGCUGACGAGAAGUCUCCAUCUGCACAGAGUCUUGUAAAACUUGAAGAUGUUCCCGGGGAUCCUGUGGAUUCUGACUCUAAGACGCCGUUACCAGAUAACGCUAAGAGCGGAGUCAUCUGCCCGGACUGCGGCAAGAUCUUUACAUCGCCGGCACAGCUCUCCGCGCACCACAAGACGCACGCUGCAGGCCGACCCUUCCCCUGCACCGAAUGCGGCAAGAGCUUCAGUUACCGCUCCACCCUUGUCCGACACCAGAGGUCUCGCUGCCGUGUUCUGGGCACAAAGAAGACCCCCAGCCUCAGCCAGUCCCUCACCGACACCUCGGAGCUCGCCCAGAAAUGUGGCAUCUGCGCCCAGAAGUUCCAGCACCUAAGCGAGCUAAAGAAGCACCUGACCAGUCACAUGGGUGACGACGGGGGGCGAUACACGUGCCAGGACUGCGGCCGUGACUUCAACUGCAACUACUUCUUAGUCAGGCACCAGAGGACGCACACGGGAGAGCAGCCCUUUAAGUGCAAGCUCUGCUGGCGAGGAUUCUCCCAGAGGGCGAGCCUGGUCAUCCACAUCAGGACACACACCGGUGAACGGCCGUACAACUGCUUUGUCUGCGGCAGAGCUUUUUAUUCCCGCUCGGCCAUGUUACGGCACCAGCGCAGCCGCCAUGACAUCAUGAAGACCUGGAGAGGGGAGAAAAAAGGGAAGGCAUCGAGUCGUGAACCUGUUCAGAGGAGCUCCGCGGACACGGCGAGGGUCGACUCCUCACAAGAGAGGACCCCGACUGUGAAUCCUCCUGGAGAAGGUCCGGACAGGAGACCCGAGGCCAUCACUGAUGGGAAGGAGAUGAAUGGCCGCAGUCAGGGUCAGCGCUCCCUGGAGACAGACUUGGCGGCUCGGACGUUGCUCGCGCAGCACAGGAAUCUGCUCUGCAACUCCAAGAUCAGAGAGAUCUCCAAUAAUUGUUCGCUGGGCCCUCGGCCGGACUACAAAUGUGGCAUCUGCCAGGUGACCUGCAUGGACCCCGGCGAGAUGAAGAGGCACCUGAAGAGUCACGGUGGGGAUCAGCGCUACAUGUGUCACCAGUGCGGCCGCUCCUUCACCAGUAACUUCUACCUGGUCCGGCACCAGAGGACGCACACCGGGGAGCGACCCUUCACCUGUCCGCAGUGCAGCAAGAGCUUCAAGUGCAGCUCCGUCCUGCUCCGCCACCAGAGGAUCCACUCUGCAGAUCAGCCGUACCAGUGUGAGGUGUGCACCAAGGGCUUCUCUCAGAAGACCAGCCUCAUCAUCCACCUGAGGACACACACCGGGGAACGACCCUUCAGCUGCUGGAUCUGUGGGCGAAGCUUCUGCUCCAGGUCUGCACUCAUGCGCCAUGAACAAAAUCACAUGCCAGGCGGACAAGAGAAAAUUUCGACAAGAAGCGCCCGACGAGAGAAGGAGAAACAUUCUGUCAAACAGGAGCCUGUAUACGAGGAACGAGAUGCGCAGCGUUCCCCGAGUAGGGGAGACUCCACGGCACAGGAACAGCGCAGGGAACACAGGAGAGAAGCGGGAAAUGACAGGAAUCCUGGAGAUGUUGGUAAGGAAGCCUGUGGUGAGGAGGAGGAGAAGCCGCAGGUGGAGCGGGAAGGGUGCAGCAAUUGUAUGUGUCCGGACUGCGGGAAGUUCUACCCUUCUGACUUGCUCCUCAGAGAACACCAAAAGCUGCACGCGGAGAACCCCUGCUUCGUCUGCUCCGACUGUGGGAAAAGCUUUGGUCACCGCUCAUCUCUCCUCCGUCACCGCAACUCGCACUGCAGCCAGCAGCCGGGGAUCGUCUUCCCAGAGCCAGUCACGUCCAUCACUCCCGGCCAGCAAUUCCACAAGUGUGGCAUCUGUCACCUGAACUUCUCCAGCUCUAAAGACCUCAGGAGGCACCUGAGGAGCCACAAAGGAGACGGCACGUUCAUGUGCCGGGAGUGUGGUCAGACGUUCGCCUGCAACUUCUCUCUGGUGAGGCAUCAGAGGACACAUAGUGGCGAGCGACCCUUCACCUGUCCGCAGUGCAACAAGAGCUUCAAGUGCAGCUCCGUCCUGCUCCGCCACCAGAGGAUCCACACCGGGGAGCAGCCGUACCAGUGUGACGUGUGCCUACGAUGCUUCUCCCAGAAGCCCAGCCUCAUCAACCACCUGCGGACACACACCGGGGAACGCCCCUUCAGCUGCCAAGUCUGUGGGCGCAGCUUCUGCUCUCGGUCCGCCCGGAUGCGACACGAGCAAGGUCACCAUCAGGACUCUCAGAGCAAAGAGGCAGAAGCCCCUGGAGGGCUGGGGGAAGGGGAUGGUGGGCCUCCACCCCCGCAAGGGGAUGCUGUAGUUUGGUGGAUGGAAGCUGCCGCUGCUCGCCGGAAGUGGGCGGGGCGUGCCUGCCGGGUCGGGCAGCAGCAGGACGGGAGACAGGAGGCUGCUGUCAGCUUCGAGGCUCCGGCUGUGUUCAGGCCGCGGCCGCCUGCAGCUUCCCAGGAGGAGGCGGGAUGUGAGGAGCGGCCGGGCAGGACCAUGGAGGAUAAGAAGAUUGGGACGGAGCUGGUGAAGAUGGAGGCCCCGGAUUACCCCCCGGAGGAGGCGGAGCUGAGGUGUGAGGGGGCGGAGCUGGCGGAGUCGGUGGACUGUCUGAUGGACUAUAACUUGGGGACGCAGCUGACGGUGGAGCAGGAGAUCCAGAUCGGGGACGGCCCGCCGCCGCCAUGUGUGGACUACGACGUCAGCUUCCUGCCCAGGAAGACUCCCAAACCGCGGCAGCGCCGGGCGUCCGGGCAGCGCAACUACAACUGCACGCGGUGCGGCAAGAGCUUCCUGCGCUGCAGCGACCUGGUGAAGCACGAGAAGACGCACACGGACGUGCGGCUGUACGCCUGCAACAUCUGCGGGAAGAACUUCCGCCGCCACACCUCGCUGCUGAUCCACGGCCGGAUCCACACGGGGGAGCGCCCCUACCAGUGCACCCAGUGCGGCAAGAGCUUCGUCCAGCGCCAGCACCUCACCACCCACCUGCGCACCCACACCGGCGAGAAGCCCUUCCAGUGCAUCGAGUGCGGCAAAGGCUUCCGCUGGAGGUCCGAGCUGCUGAAGCACCAGAAGAACCACACCGACAAGUCCAGCUCCGGUUUCGAUGACCUCGCCGCCUCGUUUUCUAAGGAAGAAUGGAUGGAGCUGGAGGAAUGGCAGAAGGAGCUGUACCGGAACGUCAUGAAGGAGACCUCCGAGACGCUGAUCUCUCUGGGUGAAGGUUUGGUGGAGAAGGCGAUGGGUGAGAAGCCCCCGGACGAGCCGGCCCCCAGCCUGACCGCGGACUGCGCCAGUAACCUACCUCUGUGCCCGGAGGGGGUGGUGGGGCGCAGUAACCCUCUGGGCGGAGCAGAGGGGCCCCUCGGGCAGACCCUGGACAUCGCCGAGGGGAAGGUCUUCACAGAUGAAGUGAAGUUCCAGGAGCGCGCCAACGGCAGCAGCUCAGAGCGGGCGCACGCCUGCGCAGAGUGCGGGACGCUCUUCUACAACAAGCGGACGCUGAAGGCGCACCUGCGCGGUCACCUGGGCGAGCGCUCCUACAUCUGCAACGUGUGCGGCAAGUGCUUCCGCCGGCACACCUCCCUGCUCAUCCACGAGCGCAUCCACACGGGGGAGCGCCCCUACCAGUGCACCCAGUGCGGGAAGAGCUUCGUCCAGCGCCAGCACCUCAACACCCACAUGAAGACCCACACCGGCGAGAAGCCCUUCCAGUGCGGCCAGUGCGCCAAAGGCUUCCGCUGGAGGUCCGAGCUGGCCAAGCACCAGAAGGUCCACGAGGAGGAGGCUGCUGACACGUCCAUUAAAGAAGAACACAGGGACUCCGAUCCAUGUGAGGACGUAGAGGCGGCACACCCAGGCACCGCCUCCAAUCGUCCUGCCGCGACCCCCCCGGCCACAGAGAAGAGUGCGGGCAGACGGCGUCCGCGUAACGCCAAGGCGGAGAAGGCGCACGCCUGCGCAGAGUGCGGGAAGGUCUUCUACAACAAGCGGACGCUGAAGGCGCACCUGCGCAGUCACCUCGGGGAGCGCUCCUACAUCUGCAACGUGUGCGGCAAGUGUUUCCGGAGACACACGGCGCUGCUCAUCCACGAGCGCAUCCACACGGGGGAACGCCCCUACAAGUGUCUGCAGUGCGGCAAGAGCUUCGUCCAGCAGCAGCACCUGACCACCCACCGCCGGACGCACACCGGCGAGAAGCCCUUCCCCUGCCACCUGUGCGGGAACAGCUACCGCUGGAGGUCCGAGCUGCUGAAACACCAGAGGGUCCACGAGGAGGAGCAGGCCCCGGUCGGCGGCACUGAGGGCGGGCAGAGAGAAUCCACCGGUAGGAGGCUGCGACACAGACGAGAAGCGCCAGCGGGGGCGCUGUGUGCCCUGGAGCGGGGCAAGGCUCUGGGGAAGCGGGCGCGCCUCCUCCUCCGGCAGCGGGCGCAGAAAGCAGAGCGGGCGCUCACCUGCCCCGACUGCAACAAAACCUUCCUGAACAAGCGGACGCUGCGCACUCACCAGCGGGUGCACACCGACGAGCGCUCCUACAUCUGCAACGUGUGCGGCAAGAGCUUCCGCCGGCACACCUCCCUGCUCAUCCACGAGCGCAUCCACACGGGGGAGCGCCCCUACCAGUGCGCCCAGUGCGGCAAGAGCUUCGUCCAGCGCCAGCACCUCACCACCCACCUGAAGACCCACACCGGCGAGAAGCCCUUCCAGUGCGGCCAGUGCGCCAAAGGCUUCCGCUGGAGGUCCGAGCUGCUGAAGCACCAGAAGGUCCACGAGGAGGAGGAGAGUCUUCUGUCCGCGGCUGAGUCCGCCUGCAAGACGGAGAAUGAGAACUUUCUAGAUGAUGACUGGAAGGCCAUCACAGGUGCCCCGACCCAGCAGAGAGGACAACCCAACGGGGAGGCGUCUGAGGCCGAGAAGGGGGGGGGCUCGGAGCGCGCUGCGCAGGAAAGACUCCACCCCUGCGGCCAGUGUGAGAAGGCCUUCCUGAGGAGCUCCGAUCUGCUGAGACACCAGAGGAGCCACCUGGGAGAGCGGCCGUACGUCUGCAACCAGUGCGGCAAGUGCUUCCGCCGCAACACCUCGCUGCUCAUCCACGAGCGCAUCCACACGGGGGAGCGCCCCUACCAGUGCGCCCAGUGCGGCAAGAGCUUCGUCCAGCGCCAGCACCUCACCACCCACCUGAAGACCCACACCGGCGAGAAGCCCUUCCCCUGUGCGCAGUGCGGCAAGAGCUACCGCUGGAGGUCCGAGCUGCUGAAGCACCAGAGGGUCCACAGCAACGAGGCCCCGGUGACCUUUGAUGACGUCGCUGUGUGUUUUUCGGAGGAUUGGAAGGACCUGGAGGAAUGGCAGAAGGAGCUGUACCGCAACAUGAUGAAGGAGAGCGCCGACUCCCUGAUGUCACUGGGCGAGGUCUGGAUCGGUAAGAACGGGAAGGAGAUGAGCCUGGAGAAGCCUCCUGAGAUGCUGGAGAUGUCCUCGGACUGUAAGGAGGACCUCCCGCUCGGUGCAGAUGUGGUGUGUGAGGUGCGGGACUUCUCCGCUGACGAGCCGCACACCUCCAGCUUCCGGCCGGGCGUGCCCUUUCUGGAGCAGCGCCCCCGGAUGCCGCGGGAGAAGCUCUUCUCUUGUAACCAGUGCGAGAAACGUUUUGCACGAAGCUCCGAUCUGCUGAAGCAUCAGAGGAGCCACCAGGGCGGCGACAAAACGAACUUGUGUAACGAGUGCGGCAAAAUAUUCCGCCGCCGCACGGCCUUACUCAUCCACAAGCGCAUCCACACGGGCGAGCGGCCCUACAAGUGUAAGCAGUGCGGCAAGUGCUUCGUACAGCGGCAGCACCUCACCACCCACGUCAAGACCCACACCGGGGAGCGGCCCUACCCCUGCAGCCAGUGCGGCAAAAGCUACCGCUGGAGGUCCGAGCUCAGCAAGCACCAGAAGGUCCACCCCGAGGUCCUGAGCUCCUCCAUGGAGUACACGCAGGGCUGAGGGGCAGCUUCAUCGGACUGCAUCACCCAUCCUCCACCGCUGAAGAUCCAGGCCGGCUGAUCACCUCGGUGGGGUUCCUCCUGCGCACUCCCUGGGGUCGCUCUCCUGCAUUGGUGCUGUUCUCCCAGACAUAUUAGACACUAACCCCCCGCCGGUAACGAAGCGCCCCCCAUGACUGUGUGAGGUGCACGGUCACCACACUGCGGCCGGAGACGGAGCAACAUGAAGGCCUCUGCUGUCACUGGGUGGAUGUGCAGCUGCAUCCCGUCAUAUCCUCUCCUUCACUCCCAGCCAGAGCUGCAUUUAUCUUCUCCUCCAGUCCCAUCCACAUCUGCAUCCUGUCAUAUCUUCUCCUCCAGUCCCAGCCAGAGCUGCAUUCUGUUAUCCUCCAGUCCCAACCAGAGCUGCAUUCUGUUAUCCUCCAGUCCCAUCCAGAGCUGCAUUCUGUUAUCCUCCAGUCCCAUCCAGAGCUGCAUUCUGUUAUCCUCCAGUCCCAACCAGAGCUGCAUUCUGUUAUCCUCCAGUCCCAUCCAGAGCUGCAUUCUGUUAUCCUCCAGUCCCAUCCAGAGCUGCAUUCUGUUAUCCUCCAGUCCCAUCCAGAGCUGCAUUCUGUUAUCCUCCAGUCCCAUCCAGAGCUGCAUUUAUCUUCUCCUCCAGUCCCAUCCAGAUCUGCAUCCUGUCAUAUCUUCUCCUCCAAUCCCAACCAGAGCUGCAUUCUGUUAUUUUAUCCCCCAGUCCCUUCCAGAGCUGCAGUCAGUUAUAGGAUGUCUCAUACUCCAAUGACCUCCAGAGCAGCAGUCGCCGUUAUCAUGGUUUACUCUUUCCUCUGACAGGUUCCUGUGCGGAGUCCCUCCUGGUUCAGUGUCUGCAGUGUGUCCCAUCCCCCCUUUCCCCGCCGGUGCGCAGCCAAAUUGUGGGUGUAGCUACCAGAACGGUGAGCGCAACUCCAGAUAUCCACUCCACCCGCUGUGAACCUGCAACCCGUGUGAAUGCUGGGAGUUGUAGUUUCACCACAGCUGAGGCUCUGGAGGUUGCAGAUCCCUGCAGAAUAGUGGGUGCAGCUCUAGGUGUGACUGGAGUACUGCUACAGGAAGUGGAGGCCUCUGCUCAGUAUUGGGGCCCCUGGUGAUGCUGCUGCUUUUACUGUAGAGGGUGCAGACACUUCUAUAGAGAUGGACAUAUCUGCACCCCGCUGUCCACAGAGGACCCAUGGCACCCCACUGUCCCCGGAGGGCCCCACACCUCACGUCUGCCUCGUUUUACUUGACUCCUCCGUUUCACGUGAUGUAAAUCUGAUGGAUCCAAAGUCUUUUCUGUUGUGAUUUGUCUGUAAAUUUAUUGAAUUUGUCUCAA